AUGGCACCGACAUCCUGUGCCACCGACAUCGCGGGAGGCGAUCCGUGCGCAGUAUCUCGCCUGGUCUGGCUCGGUAUCGGCUUCAUGCUUGGAUACGGCACCUUUGUCGUCAUGCUCGGCCUUCUCCUCGGUCACCAGAUGAAGAGGCUACCUUGGCUGUGGGAUGCGGAGCUGGCGGAGCAGCGCCGUCGAUCCGAGGCCUGCGCAGCCGCCGCCGCAUACGUGCCUCCCCCUCCGCCCUCGGCCGCGGCGGAGUGA